AUGAUUAUAUAUAAUCGUUCCUUAAUAUCGAACAACAAUUCGAUUAAAGUUAAUCUUCCUUCUUUUCCACCAGUUGGUUGGCAACCAGUUGGUCAUAAUUAUGAAGAACAAAGUCGUCUACGUGAUAUGUCUAUUGUUGCUGCUGCUUGGCCAGAAACAGCUGAAGAUAAUAUACCUACAGUACCAUGUUUAUCAGCUGAUGGCCAUUUGCUUGUGUUAAGUGUUGCAGCAAGUCGUGUACGUUACGGAACAAGCGUAACAUUUAUGAUAGUUUAUCCAACUGAUGUGAAACGAGUUUUACCCAAAACAAUUCCGUCCGAUCCAAUUUUUCCAAAUAAAUUAAGUUUAUGGUGCAUCUUUAGUGAUGGGUCGGUGACACCAGCUUAUGAUUACGAUCAGAACUAUGGAAAUGAUCGUGUUUCGCUUUUAGAUUGUCCACUUACGUCAUUUGCAAGUGAAGAAUUAUGGAAAUAUAAACGAACAUUACGUGUAUAUCUCGCCUCAACAACAAACAAAGAUAGAAAUAUACCCAUAUUAAAAGCUUUUGUCAACGUUCCAAAAUCAUCUGUGAAUUCAAAAAAUACGAGUCAAGAAUUCUUCGUAAUGUGUACAUCACCUCUGCAUAAUAAAGCUGAUUAUAUCAUUCAAUGGAUCGAAUUUCAUCGAUUAGUUGGAUUUCAGAAAUUUGUUAUUUAUAAUACAACUGAUACAAAUAAUCAUCUUUUAUCUAUUGUCAACAUUUAUUCUAAAAGAAAUCCAGGUGUUGUUGAUAUUGUACAAUGGAAUUUUUCACAUCUUGGUCUAGCAGAUGUUUUAUCAACACGAUAUUUUCAAGUCGAAGCUUUACAUGACUGUCUCAUACGUUAUGGUGAUCAAUCACAUUGGUUAGGAAUGUUAGAUCUCGAUGAAUAUAUUGUACCACUUCUACCAUAUAAAACGAUUGCUGAUUAUGUUCAUGAUACUUAUGGUCGACGCAUAAUAGGAUCAAUUAAUCUAUGGAGUCAAUUUUUUUGUACAAAGUAUUCUGAUAGUUAUACAUCCGUUGAAAAUAAUACGAAUCAUCUGACUAUUGAACGAUUUACAUAUCGCGCAAAAGAUUUAUUUAAGAGUGGACGUGAGAAAUAUUUAUAUCGACCACAAUUUGUCCAAUAUUUAUCUAUUCAUCAUCAGGUAAUCGGACUCUCUAAACAACAACCUUCAAAUAAUCAUAUCACAUUAGCACAUUACGCACCCAUGACUAUGUUACGAUCAAUGCCUGGUUGUAAAAUUAAUGAAUACGUAGAGGAUACAAGUAUUCGAGAUCGAUUCGCAAACAGAACGAAAGCAGCAGUAGCAGUUUUAAUGGAGAGAAAUUAA